CCGUAAGGAAGAAAAUAACUUCUUUAGGUUCCUGCAUCAUGCGGUACUGAUUGAAAGAAAAGCCGGCGUGAAAACCUCUCGGUGGCAAUGAAGGAUUGCGUUUUUUUCUCUUAUUCUGGAUUACACCUUUUUAUACAUAUGUAGCUGAAUUGAAUGGGCCCUUUGAGUUGGCCUUUAAGUUUUCUGGUUAAUAAACUAGCAAUUUUCGUGCAGUAAGCCUGGUGAACUGAUUUGUUAAUGGGACGGUUAGUGAGUCGCCAGAUACUUUGUUUUGCAUGUUAUUAAAAAAAGUGGAAAAAUCUCUGUUAAUCGGGAAGCACAUGUCUCUAGCUAUUUUUCCAUGAGUUAUUUCACUCAAUUUGGCAUAUCGCCCGUUUUAUUCUUACAAAGUCAGUAUUUAAUAAAUCAGUCUGAUUUUGAUUAACUUUUGCUAAAAUAUGACGCAGAGCUUCUAAGUAUAUGUCUGUUUAUACGCCAAGUCUAAUAUUAAAACACCGUUGUGUAUCAGCUGCCAAUCAUGUUUAAUGGUGAGAAAACAAGUGGAAAUGCACGAUCCUUGGAAGGAGUUAAAACACAUGACCUCGGCUCCACAAAUGAACGCACUUCGUCCACGCAAAGUGAUAGUUUUAAUGAUCCUGAUUUUCCAGUGUUAACUCAUCAGGAAGAAGACAGACACGGCCCCUCUUUUUCAGGAAUCCUGCGACAAAGAAAACUUAUUCUUCAUAUCGAUCUCAACAACACGGUCCUGGUGUCUGAUACCGUCACCAAACAAGGGACUAUUGCGGCUUUGGACUACUUUCUGUCUACAGUUACUUGGGGACGAAUAACCAAACAAGGUAAAUGGGAGUGGAUAAGUGAUUCACCCUCCCUCCUCCCACCUUGUGAGGGCGCUGUGAGUUACUACUCCCACUUCGGUCGGGUGGCAGGCUUCACCAGCACUGCUGCUGGGCGACGAUUCAGGAGCGUCCUGGAGGAGCACCUGCACAUGUUGCUUUGGCCCACAGAGCAGGAGGAGGACCGGGAGCUCUCUGUGAGAGGCGAGGAUGGCCGGCUAUACCACUGGAUCCUUCCUUCCUUUUUCCAGCUGCUGCAGGACUUGGCCACCAGGGGCGGGGAGUUCGCCAUCAUCUUCCGCACCUUUGGGACAGACCUGCCACGUCUGCUUAGCACCCUGCAGCGCGUACUGACCCAGGGUUCUCACCCACUCUUCCCCAACCUCCCGGCACUCAGAUUGACCAUUAACACCAUCCCAGGGCGCAUCCGCUGCAGCCGAAGAGGCGCCAGCCUGAGCCGGGCUGAUGAGCGCAUGCUAUACCAGGACGGGGAGCGGUGCCUCUACCAGUUCUUCAGCUCUGUCCAGGGCCUGGGAGGUUUCCAGGACCACUUUGACUGGUGGGCUCGCAACUCCUACUCCAUCCUGGGUGGAAAGCCGCUGCUGGUGGACCCCUUUGACCCCACAGUGCAGCACAUCUUCAUAGACGACAACAUCCGCCUGGAUGACAAGGACACCAUCGUCCAGCCAAAGGUGUUUUUGGACCCAGAGGGUACGCUGACACGUGUGGCUUCCACCUCUGAACUGUACAACAUCUGCCUGGUGCAAAAUGACCUGCUGCAGGCCAUCUCCAAUCGCAGCUACUUCACCCAGCGUGUCCAGAUCUGCUUGGAGAACUACGAGAGGAACCUAAUGCAGGGGCCCAGCUAGAUGGUAGCUCCACAGAGUUGGGUGGGCACCAAGUUUGUGUAGGAGUUUUUUUGGAAAGUGGCACAUUAGGAUUUCACACGUGUCCUCUGCCGCUGGAAAGACACUUAGUUACUGAGUCGCUGCAUUAGUGGUAUAGGUCAGCUGUCAUUAGGUUAAUCAUGUGUGUGUGUGUGUGUGUGGAAUUGGCUCAAAGCAGUAAACUCUUUCAGGCCAUUCGGCUGCAAUAAAUGCUCCAGAGGGUGUCAGGCAUGUGACUUCACUGCAUGAUAUUUGUCCUCCAGGAAUGAGUCUCCUCUCAUGUCUCUGCCUUAUUAGCCUACAGCAGGACCAUAGGGGGAGCACUGGGGAAUGAGGUAUGGGAGGCUGUUUCUUGAAGCGCUGGUGUUCAUUUGAAAGUACAUGUAUUAAAUACACAAACUUUUAUUAGCAUCAUAGAAUGUGGAAUGUGUGAACUGUUGUUUAUCUCAGAAGCUUUCGUAUUUAAUAAACUCAGGUGACAGUAGGGUAGAGCACACUGUAAUGCAAGUCAAAGAUAGCAACAAACAUCAAAAUCACCAAAAUAGCAAUUUGUGAAAUUUUAUAGUUAUAUUUUGUCAGCAUUGUCAGGUGAGCAGGGAUUGGUAAUACUUGAAUGAUAGUUGCACUGGGUCAGAAGACUGCAAGUCCAGGUUGUACCGUGUGCAUGUACACUGCAGUCUGCAGUGCUGCACUGUGAUGUUCCUAAUACAAAAUGACAAUAUGAAGCAGGGAACAUCUAUUAUUUUGGGUGAAAUGCAUUGAAAUGUUUCAAUUUUAAAGAGCAAUUCAAUUUCAAUUAGAACAUUUGUUUUCCUCAGUCUGCCAUGAUGUUGACAUGGGUCUGCAACUGAACACAGGCUAGAAUCUCUGUCUUGAUCGAUGUGACACCUUUAACUGGUUUAACUGGAGUGCUUCUGUUGGGUAAUGUGGAACAUUUUAUUAUGUUCAGAGAAACUGAAGAGAAAAAUAUUUAAUCUGGAGUAUUUAAGCAUUACUUUGCACUUGAUUUAUAUUUAUGUGUCUGUCAGAGAUGUAUUGGACUUUUAAAUGCUGUAUUGACUGUCUUAGGUUACAUUUUUGAUGUGUUGUUUCAUUGUUUUUUAAUUUUUUUGAACAUUCAUUCUGAGUGGGCUGAAACAUUCUAGUGAUAGCUGCUAACCAAAAUUUUUAAUUACACAAACUCUGAACUGACCACCCCUAGUAUAAUUUUGGACCAGAUGAUAUAUAUGUUAGUAGGACCGUGAAUCGACUAAAAAAUUAAUCACACAGUUUUCAUGAUUAAGUGCACCUAACAUUAAAACUUAUACAUAUUUACAUAUUGUGUCUCCAAAUUUUGAGUUUCUCUCCAGGGAUCAAUAAAGUAUUUAUCUAUCUGAUUUAUCUAUCAUUUGUCAAAGGGAAGAAUUUGGGUCAUUUUCACAAACUCAUUACUGUAACGUAUCAGAUUUCUCUAAAUUGAAUUGAUAAGAGACUCCAAUUAUACAACUUAUUUUUUGAUUUCGCCUCAGGGAAGUUAAUCAAUUUCUUAUUACUGUUUUCUUUAUGUAAUAAAAAAUACUUAAUCAAAUCCAGGGUAAGAGUUACAGAUAUAAGGAAAAACUAAAACUAAAAAAUAAGUAAGCAAUAAGUAAACAUCUUAUCAUACAAAUUUUUUAUUGUGGUUUACAUGCAAUAAAGUUGAAAAAUGUAAAAACAUUUUAUCUACAACCCGAAUUCCGGAAAAGGUGGGACGUUCUUUAAAUUCAAAGAAAAUGAAAACUAAAAGACUUUCAAAUCACAACAGAACAUAGAUAACAAAUGUUCAAACUGGGAAAUUGUAUACCUUUAUCCACUAAAUGAGCUCAUUUCAAUUUUGAUGCCUGCUACAGGUCCCAAAAAAGUUGGCACGGGGGCAACAAAUGGCUGAAAAAGCAAGAAAGUUUAAAAAGAUCCAGCUGGGACAACAUCUAGUAACUAAGUAAGUUAAUUGAUAUCAGGUCUGUAACAUGAUUAGCUAUAGAAGGGAUGUCUUAGAGAGACAGAGUCUCUCAAAAGUAAAGAUGGGCAGUGGCUCUCCAAUCUGUGAAAAAGUGUGUAAUAAGAUUGUGGAAUACUUUAAAAAUGAUGUUCCUCAAUGUCAAAUUGCAAAGGCUUUGCAAAUCUCAUCAUGUACAGUGCGUAACAUCAUCAAAAGAUUCAGAGAAACUGGAGACAUCUCUGUGCAUAAGGGACAAGGCCGAAGACCUUUGUGGCUCUCAUAUGACACCGCAUCACUCAUCGGCAUGAUUGUGUCAGUGACAUUUAUGGGCCCAGGAAUACUUCCAGAAACUGCUGUCGGUAAACACAAUCUGCUGUGCCAUCUGCAGAUGCCAACUAAAGCUCUGUCAUCUAACAAGGAAGCCAUAUCUGAACAUGGUCUAGAAGCGCCGUUGUGUCCUGUGGGCUAAGACUCAUUUGAAAUGGACUGCUUCAAAGUGGGAAAGUGUUUAAUGGUCAGACGAGUCCAAAUAUGACAUUCUUGUUGGUAAUCACAGAUGCCGUGUCCUCCGGGCUAAAGAGGAGGGAGACCUUCCAGCGUGUAAAUCAGGGGUUCAUAAGUUCAUACAGUAUUUGCAGCUUGCAUGUUUUGGAAGGAACUAUGAAUGCCAAAAGGUAUAUAAAGGUUUUAUAGCAACAUAUGCUCCCCUCCAGACGACAUUUAUUUAAUGGAAGGCCUUGUGUAUUUCAGCAGGAUAGUGCAAUACCACAUACUGCAGCUAUUACAACAGCAUGGCUUCAUGAGAGAAGAGUCCGGGUGCUGAAUUGGCCUGCCUGCAGUCCAGAUCUUUCACCUAUAGAGGACAUUUGGCGCAUCAUUACCACACUCUUCAGCAGCUAGAAACCUAUAUGAGGCAAGAAUAGGACCAAAUUCCAACACAAAAACUGCAGAAACGCAUUACCUCGAUGCCCAGACGUCCUUAAACCGUUUUGAAAACAAGAGGAAAUGCUACACCAUGAUAAACAUGCCCCUGUCCCAACCAUUUUGAGACAUGUAGCAAGCAUCAAAUUUGAAAUGAGCUCAUUUUGUGCAUAAAAUUGUCAAAUUUCUUAGUUUAAAUAUUUAUCUAUGUUCUGUUGUGAAUAAAAUAUUGCCUCGUGA